AUGGAUACAACAAGCAUUUGGUCUCCUUCUACCAUACCAACUUCAACAACGUUAUCAAGUAUUGCUACAACUUAUGCACCACAACUAACUCAAACUUUAUCUUCUUUAAUAGGUAAGGCUAAGACAGAAACUAAUCAUGGUAAUUUGCUUAAUAUACAAGAAGCUUACAGAGCUGUACAAGCUUCACUUACAAUUAUUUCAGCAGAACAAAUAUUAGCUACCGCAACUGCUUCAUCCGUCAAAAGCGCUGCUACUGAUGCUAUACUCAAAGCCACAUUGAAUUUGAAAGCUGUUGAUUUGGAUAACAACAUUUUUGGAUACGAACUAAAUAAACCAGGCAAUAUAAUUUUUUUAAUUAUCAAUAUUAUUAUCAUGGCUUACAUUACAAUUAUGAUUGUUUGGUCAAGAUAUUGGGGAUUUAAUAUUACAUUUUUUUGUGGAUAUGCAUUAGAAUUCAUUGGAUUCGUGGGAAGAAUAUUAGCUAUUCAUGAUAAUGCUUCUUUGCAAAAUUUUUUGAUGAAUACUGUGUGUUUAACUUCUGCUAGUGAUCAUACUAGUCAAUCAACAGGUAAUGCAAUCACUUUAACAGGUAUUUGUGUUCAAGUUUUUGCAAUGACGAUUUUUUUAAUUUUUUGGUUUGAAUUUUUAAAUAGAUUGUUUUUUAAAAGAAUGUUUCAGGAAUCUACAUCUGAAAUAGAAAAAAACCCAUUAAGAAAAAGAUCAUUUGUUAAUUUCUUCAAAUUAUUAUUCAAUGUUAAGUCAGUAAGAACUUACAGACGACAUUACUUAGAACAAUUUUAUAAUCCAAAAUUUGCUUCAGUUCGUGAUCAUAAAUUGUUUCCAUUCAUGCCAUUAGCUAUGACAUUAGCAGUGAUUGUUGUUUAUAUAAGAUGUGUUUAUAGAGUUGUUGAAAUGGUUCAAGGCUAUAGUGGUUAUUUAAUGACACAUGAAGUUUAUUUGUUAACAUUAGAUGCUACAAUGAUUUCAAUUUGUGGUUUAAUUUUCAUACCAUUUCAUCCAGUUUGGGUUUUUGGUAAGAAUAAUCUCGUUAAAUUGGCCUCAAUCAAGAAAAAUAAAGAUAAAGAAAAUAAUUGUGAUGAUGAAUCUUCUGAAAAUACAAUUGAUGGUUUAAUGGAAAACCUCGGUGAAAAAUCAACCAGAGUAACUUUAUAG